AUGAUCGUCGUCGUCUUGCUGCUGGUGGCCGUCGUACUCACGGUUUCCGCCCUCCUGGUCCGCUACUGGGGCGCGCUGUCCGAGUUCAGGCGCGUCCGCCGCAUGACGGCCAAGCUGCCCGGCCCGCCCAUGUACCCCGUGAUCGGCAACGCGCUCGAGGGGGUCUUCGGCGAGGACGACUUGUACGGCCACCUGCAGUCGAUCAUGUCCACGUACGGGCCCCUGACCUGCCUGGCGAUAGCGCACCUCACCUUCGUCUUCGUCAUGGACCCCGACGACAUGGAGGCCGUCAUGACCAGCCCCAAGACGUCGCACAAGUCGGUGGUGUACGGCGCCGGGGAGCAGCUCCUGGGCCGCGGGCUUGUCGUCGUCAACGGGGUCGAGUGGCGUCGGCACCGCAAGGCCAUCACGCCCAGCCUGCACAGCGACAUCCUCCGCGACUUUGUGCCGCUCUUCUCCAAGCAGGGCGUGGCCUUCGCCGACACGCUGGCCGAGCUCGCCGACGAGGGAGUGACGAGGACGACCCAAUGA